AUGCAGGCUGGCGGAGGACGAGGAGGAGGAGCCGGCGAGCCGGGGUUGACAGGAGGAGGGAAGCGGGGAUGGAGGCAGCGGCGGCCCCGGCCGGGGAGGAGGGAGCAGAGCCGUGAGGGACGGCCCGGCCCGGCCCUGCCCGCCGCACCAUGGGCAGCGCCGACUCCAAGCUCAACUUCAGGAAGGCCGUGAUCCAGCUCACCACCAAGACCCAGCCUGUGGAGGCAACGGAUGAUGCCUUCUGGGACCAGUUCUGGGCAGACACAGCCACGUCAGUGCAGGAUGUCUUUGCCCUGGUGCCAGCUGCGGAGAUCCGAGCGGUGAGAGAGGAGUCACCUUCCAACUUGGCGACCCUGUGUUACAAGGCCGUGGAGAAGCUGGUGCAGGGAGCAGAGAGCGGCUGCCACACGGAGAAGGAGAGACAAAUCGUCUUGAACUGUUGCCGGCUCCUCACCCGCAUCCUGCCUUACAUCUUUGAGGACCCAGACUGGAGAGGUUUCUUCUGGUCAACUGUCCCUGGGGCUGGCAGAGGAGGGGGGGAUGACGAUGAUGAAAAUGCCCGGCCACUGGCUGAAUCGUUGCUCCUUGCUGUUGCAGAUCUGCUCUUCUGUCCUGACUUCACUGUGCAAAGCCACCGGAGGAGCACGGUGGACACAGCAGAAGAUAUCCACUCCAUUGACAGCUGUGAGUACAUCUGGGAGGCAGGAGUGGGCUUUGCUCACUCUCCACAGCCUAACUACAUCCAUGACUUGAAUAGGACAGAGCUGCUUAAACUGCUGCUGACCUGCUUCUCAGAGGCCAUGUAUCUGCCUCCCUCUUCAGACAGCAGCAACACCAACCCCUGGGUGCAGUUCUUCUGCUCUACGGAGAACAGACAUGCACUUCCCCUUUUCACCUCGCUCCUGAACGUCGUCUGUGCCUACGACCCGGUGGGUUACGGGAUCCCUUACAACCACCUGCUUUUCUCUGACUACCGCGAGCCCCUCGUGGAGGAGGCCGCCCAGGUGCUGAUUGUCACUUUGGACUAUGACAGCUCCACCAGUUCAAGUCCCACCGUGGAUGGCACGACCACUGGCACGGCCAUGGAUGAUGUCGAUCCUCCAGGACCAGACAAUCUGUUUGUGAAUUACCUCUCAAGAAUACACCGAGAGGAGGAUUUCCAGUUCAUCCUGAAAGGAGUGGCCCGCUUGUUAUCAAACCCGCUGGUCCAGACCUACCUGCCAAACUCUGCCAAGAAGAUCCAAUUCCAUCAGGAACUCCUUGUCCUAUUCUGGAAACUCUGUGACUUCAACAAGAAAUUCCUCUUCUUUGUGCUGAAGAGCAGUGAUGUUCUGGACAUCCUUGUCCCAAUCUUGUAUUUUCUCAACGAUGCCAGAGCAGACCAGUCACGAGUGGGCUUGAUGCACAUCGGGGUCUUCAUCCUCCUGCUUCUCAGUGGGGAGCGUAACUUUGGGGUUCGACUGAACAAGCCGUAUUCUGUACGAGUGCCUAUGGACAUCCCUGUCUUCACAGGGACUCAUGCGGAUCUGCUCAUCAUAGUCUUUCACAAGAUCAUAACCAGCGGGCAUCAGCGUCUGCAGCCUCUCUUUGACUGCCUGCUCACCAUCGUUGUGAACGUGUCUCCGUACCUGAAGUCUCUCUCCAUGGUGGCUGCUAACAAGUUAUUGCAUCUCCUGGAGGCUUUCUCCACCACCUGGUUCUUGUUCUCUGCUGUCCAGAACCACCACCUUGUUUUCUUCUUGCUGGAAGUUUUCAACAACAUAAUUCAGUACCAGUUUGAUGGGAACUCCAAUUUGGUCUAUGCUGUUAUCCGCAAGCGGAACGUGUUUCACCAGCUGGCCAACUUACCCACAGACUCGCAGUCCAUCCAGAAAGGUCUGCAGCGCAAGAAGAAAACUCCUGAGCCCAUUUCUCGCACCAACUCCCAGGAUGGAGCCUCCAUGGAGGGGUCGCGUCCUGCUGCCCCUGCUGAACCAGGGACACUGAAGACAAGUUUGGUGGCUACUCCAGGAAUUGACAAGCUCACAGAGAAGUCGCAGGUAUCAGAGGAUGGGACCAUGCGUUCGCUGGAGCCUGAGUCUUCACAGCCUCCACCAGAGGGUAACCUGCCCUCAGCUGUGAGUGAUGGGGAGCCCUGGAGUGGGGAAGUGUCACAUCCCCGACGGGACCGAAGGCGUCUCUCUAGUGCAUCCUCCAGUGGACAGUGGACCCCAACUCCUGACUGGGUGAUGUCUUGGAAGUCAAAACUUCCCCUGCAGACAAUCAUGCGGCUCCUACAGGUGCUGGUCCCUCAGGUGGAGAAGAUCUGCAUUGACAAGGGUCUCACAGAUGAAUCGGAGAUCCUCAAGUUCUUGCAGCAUGGCACGCUGGUGGGGCUGCUACCUGUCCCUCACCCCAUCCUCAUUCGCAAGUAUCAGGCUAACUCGGGCACUGCCAUGUGGUUCCGGACCUAUAUGUGGGGUGUUAUUUAUUUGAGGAAUGUGGAUCCCCCAAUCUGGUAUGACACGGAUGUGAAGCUGUUUGAAAUUCAGCGGGUCUAAGAGAGCACUUACCUCUACUAAGAGAAAUACACUGGAUCUCUAAGGACUUUGCUGUGUGCUGCUUCGUCACAGCUAUUCCUGCAUUUCACAUCAAGCUGAGAGACCAAAAGGACAAUCACUCCAUUUACCUCCCUGUCAUUUAAAGCUUUAAUUGGGACCUGCUUGGACAUCCCUCCCCCCAGCUCACUUCUCUCCCCUCACCCUUCACUAUGAACCUUGAGUGAAAGAUGUCUAAGGGAUCGUCCAUUGUUGUGGUUGCACUAGAAAUCAGACUGUUCUUAGCUCUUCUAUUACUCUUUUGCUCCUGGAUUUGGUUUGGAAACCAAUCUGACCCUGUCCUUGCCCUGGUCAGAGUCAGCAUUUAAUUGAAAAAGUCUAGCUGUAAACUGGGUGCAAGGGAGAAGCUGCUAUUCCUGCAGGAGAUGGGGGUUUGGAAACGGCAGUUACUUCCAUGUGGCUCCAUAAUGUUUCCGGGGCAUCCCUUCUGGCUGCAGGUGUCUCCCUGGUGUCUCAGUUGUAUAUCGGUAGGGAAAUCUCUCCCGUCCAAAUGAAAGGGAGAAUUUACAGAAGGAAAAUUCUGUGUCUCAGUUUUGAAUCUCUCUACUCCUUUCCUGGAAAGCCACUUAAGACAUUUUGUAGCAGCUGGCGCUUUGGUGCGGCAAGAGAAGUUUUCUUUGGGCUUCCAGGCCCAGCAGCCUGUCCUUCGUGGUCAGGUGUUGCAAGGGAGUAUGUGCAUCACUUUGGAAAGCCCUGCUUGAUCCUUUUAUACACAGCAAGGAAUGGCUCAGUGAGAACAAGGAGAAGAAACUGGUAGCCUCCUUUAGACUUCUCCAGUUGACAGAAAGGACAGUGUCACGUGGGUUUAAAAGGAACCAUACCCUUCCAUCUCUGCCUGGCAGGUGGGCGCAAUGCGGGGAGUGGAAGGGCCUUUUGCACAUGACUGUCUAAGGCAGGGAAUCGAGGGAGGCGCUCAGGGAAGUCGUGGCAGGACGUUGGAAGCUGUAGGAGGAAAAGCACCUCCAUGACACUAGGGAGUGGAGAGUGUGAAGGCAAGGUUUGAUUCUUCAGGGCAUUUUGAUAGUGACCGAGUUACCAGAUGUUGAAUGUAUUGGAUCCUGAGUUAUGCAAAGUCUGGGAAGCCAGGGUUAGAAGUAGCGGGAGACUGGCUGUCGUUGGCUUGCUUCAGCAGCAUGUAGUUGUGCACUGGUAGGUGGAGACAUCCUGGGGUUUGAGUUAAAUUUUAAAUUUUAAAUUCAGCUGGGAGGGGCUGCUGUUUAUGACCUGUGUGGUCUUUAGGCAAAGAACUGUGAGGGGUCCUGUCACGAACUGACAACUUUCCCUCUCCAAGACUUAGCCCUUGGUGCUGUGGUCGUCAGCCUCUUAGGAGGGUCCCUGGCCGUGAGCUGUUUGCCUUUGCUCAGAACCAGUGAGAUCACUCCUUGGAAGCUGGUCUCACACCCUGAAAACAGGGGCAGGUAAGGCACAAAGUGUUGUUUUUGAAAUGCUUCCCGAAGUUUUGGAGGUGGAGUAAUAGCAACAUGGCUGUCUGCCUUUCCUCUCCUAGAGGGAGUGCUGCUUUAGUGUACUGCUGGCUUGUAAUCAGGUGGUUUCCUCCACUUCUGGCCCUGAAAGUGGACUGAAGUCCUAGGCCAGCUGAUGGCUGAAAUAAAGCCUGGAUGUUUUUUUUUUUUUCUGAAGGAUAAGAAAUAUGGAAAACAGAGGUUAAUUUCCCCACCCCAUCUCCCGUCCACUUCGCCAUUUAGCACUACACCCAUCCUGACCCCAUCUCUGUUCAGAUACCAGCAGGGUGAGGUCUCUGUUUUACUUGGAAUCUCUCAUUAAUACGAAUGUGAUUUGGUGGGGCCAGCCUCUGACUGGAUGGCAUUUGCACCUCACAGCCAGAAUGGGACGUUGUUUCCCAUGUGCUUGCCUCUUCCCUCCUGUGGAUCUGCUGGUUCCCAUGUUCUCUUCCAUCCUCUUUCUGCUUUGUUUCUUUGUGAGUCCCUCUGGAAACACUUUUUUGUUUUGUUUUUCUUGGUGUUUGGAGUCUAAUCUUUGUUCUGUGGAAAUCAACUUGCACUGUAAACUAUUUGCUUAUUUACAGAGAGAAAGAUAAAGAUUAUCUGAAACAUGCAA